AGUACGAAACCAAAAGAGUGUUAUGUAUAACACAGAUGGGAACAGCAAAACGAUUAACCUGACUAAAAACAAACUCGAAAACAUUCACUUUUUACCACAAUAAGCCGAACGAAAAUAAUAAUUUGUUGAUAAAUGUCACGAACGCGAGUUCAUUUUGGUGUUUUAGCCGGUAUUUGUGCGAGUUUAGGGAGCGUUUUCGGAAAAUUAAUGUCACAAACAGAAAAACUAAACGAUAAUGCCGGAAAUAUUUACUUUGGACAGCUUUUGAACCCAUUGAUGCUGAAGCUCAUUUGUUUCGUACUAAUGUUAACAUUCAACGCUCUGGUCUGGACCUUUUUCGUGAAAGCUUUGCAUCAAAAAGGUGGAUCACUGGUUGCGACUGUUACGAGUGCUGCUACGAACUACGCUGUUUCGGCAUUACUCGGAUCGUUGAUAUUCGGUGAAACAAGUUCUCUGCUCUGGUGGUUCGGUACAUCGCUGGUUAUAAUGGGUGUGGUUCUCAUGACAACUGAUCGACCAACUGAAGAAAAUGCGAAAACAAAAUAGUUUCUAAACAAACAAAAAUUGUUAUUCCUUGGUUGCAAGUUCCGGAUAAAUUUCGAGCACAAUAAUAUCGAAUAGACAGUA